UAUCGCUCAUCCCUAUUAAUUUGAGGUGUUUGUCCAAAAGAUAAGCUGGUUUAACCACAACCAGUACAACAUAACUUAAUCAGGUCAAAACUAUGUCGAAAUCCGAAGAAUUCACAUUCCGGCGUGCUAAGGCUGAUGAUAUAAAGGAUGUGUUAUCUAUGAUUCAGGAACUAGCUGACUUUGAGAAAAUGAGCAAUGGCCCGCAGCUUACCGAGGAGGAUCUUAAAAGAGAUGCAGGACUAACUGGGGGCCAAGAAUAUUGUGAAGUUUAUGUACUUAUAGACAAUGCUACAAACCAGGCAAUUGGCUACUCCAUUUGCUACAAGGCAUACUCCACUUGGCAGGGUCGAUACUUCUUCGUCGAGGACAUCUACGUGCGGCCAGAGCACCGAACGCGUGGCGCCGGCAAGCGAAUCUUCCUGGAGGUCUCCGCCCGGGCAGUGGAGCUCCAAUGCCCGCGCCUGGAGUUCAAUGUUCUGGAGUGGAACCCAGCCCGCCAAUUCUACGAACGCCUCGGAGCCGUGGAUUUGACAGCCAAAGAGGGAUGGCACUACUACCGCGUUGAGGAGCAGCAGCUAACCAAAUUGGCCAAGGAUCUGGCUGCAUACAAGACUUGA